AUGCUUGAUUGUAACAUCCUCCCAAUUUAUUUGAUAAUUAAGAAGGAGGAGAAUCAACUAAAUAUAAUUCAUUCAUAAAAUUAAUUUAAUAACUAAAAGUAAUUCAUUCGUAAUGUAUGCCUAAAUGUGAUCAUUUAAAUUUUUUCUUGUGAAAAUAUAAACCUUGAUUUGGUAAUACCUGAAAAUUUACAAAAAGCUACUGCUGAAUAUAAAGGGCUAACCAUUUAACCAGAAUAGAUGUUGAACCAUCUUCUUCUAAUUGAUAUUCCAUCUAAUUAAAUAAAUCAAUAAUUAAAUUUAAUUAUAAUAUUUGAUAUAUUAUUAAUAAUAGUAUCGACAAUUAUAAGAGAAAAAGAUCCUAAUUGA